UCACUUUCAACUUAAUAAUCACUUCUUCAAAGUGUGAGGUCUUCCCUCUUUCAGAAGGCCAACUCUCUUGAAAGACAGAAGUGGGAGUUUUGAUAAGAUUUAACCUGAAGAUUUAACAUCUGCUUCCAAUUAAAAAGCAGGGUUUUCCUUUGAAAAGUGAUCCAGGUUGUGUUGAUUUGCCAUGUAUAAUUCUACGUAUCUGUUCAAUGAUGAUUCUGAUGAUGAAAUCCCUACCCAACAAGCUAUUCAGGAAAGCUUACAAGAUAAGCAUAAAAUUGAAACCAGUGGCAGUGCAACAGAGGAUGAAAGUUUCCAGUAUAUUGCAAGCAAAGAACAUGGAAAGAUAAUUGCAGCAAUUCGGACAGGUCAAGAAGAAGCGUUGAUGAAGUUGGUGAGGCACAGUUCUGCUUUUGAGGAAGCAGAUCAGCAAGGCUGGCUUCCUGUGCAUGAAGCUGCAGCACAGCUAAAUAAGAACAUCCUCGAAAUAACUUUGAAAGCCUCCCGUGCCAUUACGUGGGAACAGACCACUCUAAAAGGGGAAACACCUCUCUUGGUGGCAGUAAGAAAUUGCUUUGUAGACAAUGUCCACUUUCUCCUGCUCAAUGGCUGCAAUCCCAAUGUUAAGAAUGAAGAGGGAGAUUCUCCUUUAGUUAUAGCAAUUAAACAUGACUCGUAUGAGAUUGCCUCCUUGUUGAUAAGUUCUGGUGCAAAAGUGAAUUUGCAGUGUGUCCACAAGAGGACUGCUUUACAUGAGGCAGCCAGACUAGGCAGGAAGGAUCUGGUGAAGCUGCUUCUUCGUUCUGGAGCAGAUCCUGACCCUCGCAGUGGAUAUGGGCUUACACCUCUAGCACUGGCUGCACAGAUUGGACAUACAGAAAUUAUGGAGCUCUUAUUGCAAAAAGGUGCGAAUGUUCUUUCACAGGCAAGGGAUUGUGCUUCUGUUUUAUUUGAAGCAGCAGGAGGAGGAAAUCCAGAUUCUCUGAGUCUUUUACUAGAAUAUGGGGCUGAUGCCAAUGUACCAAAGCACUCAGGUCAUUUGCCAAUCCACAGAGCUGCAUAUAGAGGACACUUUCUAGCCCUAAAAUAUUUAGUUCCAGUUACUAACUUUGAUGCCAUUAAAGAAAGUGGGAUAAGUCCAGUUCACUCAGCAGCAGCAGGAGCACAUCCUCAGUGCCUUGAGUUUCUCCUCAAAUCUGGGUUUGAUGCCAAUUUUAUGCUGGAUCAAAGAGUUCGCAAAGGCUACGAUGACCACCGGAAAUCAGCGUUGUACUUUGCUGUUUCCAAUGGGGAUAUCUGUUCAGCACAGUUGCUGUUGAAUGCUGGAGCCCUGCCAAACCAAGAUCCCAUCAACUGUCUCCAAAUAGCCUUGAGAAUGGGCAACUAUGAGUUAAUGAAUCUACUGCUCCGACAUGGGGCUAAUGUCAAUUACUUCUGCAGAGUGAAUACAACACAUUUUCCAUCAGCUCUACAGUAUGCUCUGAAAGAUGAAGUCAUGUUAAGAAUGCUGAUGAACUAUGGGUAUGAUGUGCACCGCUGCUUUGAUUGCCCUCAGGGAAACAGUUCGCAUUCCCAGUAUGUGACUGAUGGAUGGACUUCUACUGUUAUCAAAGAUACAAUGUUCUGUGAAGUGAUAACCUUGUCAUGGUUGAAGCAUCUGUCUGGGAAAGUAGUGCGAGUAAUGUUAGAUUAUGUCGAUCACGUCAAUAUCUGCUGGAAGCUAGAAGCAGUUCUCAAAGAACAGGAACUCUGGCCAGACAUCAAUUUGAUUUUAACAAAUCCUCGCGCUCUGAAGCAUCUUUGUCGUCUGAAGAUACGGGAAUGCAUGGGCCGGUUGCGUCUCCGUUGUCCAGUCUUCAUGACCUUCCUUCCACUGCCAAACUGCUUGAAGGAUUACAUACUGUACAAGGAGUAUGAUCUUUACGGACAGGAAAACUUCACAGGAACCUACAACCUCAACUGUACAUAAUUAGUAGUUCUAUAUUUUGAAGGGAAUGUUGACAUGGAUAAGACUGUUGUGCAGCUGCUUUUUUCUUUGGGGAUUUUAUCUCCUAUGUAUUAAGGAAUACCAGCAUUUCCCCCUCACCCCUCAAGAAAACUGGGAGAACCCCAAAAUGUAAGUAUUGGUGAUCCCAUUCUACAUAUCUGCUGGAAUAUAAACUAUCUGAAAGUUAUGGCAAUAGUCUUUUAAAUGCUUAGCGUGAACAGUUAAGGAACUGUAAAAUGUAGGUCUGCAAACCUGGUGUUAUUGCUAAGUUAAAGCUUGUCAUAACAGAUAACGCUACGCCCCCAUUGCAGGGUUAAACUCAGGGUUUAGUUAAAGGUCAGGGAUUUAACUAAAACUGGGAAGGGACAUACUUCUUUUUUGUCUUGUACUUCCCUUUCUCUUGCCAAGAAGUAGUUUUUAUUUGUAAAGUCCUACAGUGAAGUUCUGAAGAGCAGCUUAAGUAGAUUUGUUUUUUUCACCCAAUUAAGCAAUCCCACAUUCUAAGCAGUGAAAUGGGAUUAGCAGCUAUAGAAACCUCUGCUUAGCACAGCAGCUAGUGUGAAAUACCGAUGUUUCAACAAGGCGGCACUAUUUCUGAAAGACGUGUUAGUUCUGCAUCUCAUUCUCAGGUACUGGUAUGUCUCAUUCACCACGUACUUUGAUUGCUCGCUCUAGAACUAGGUUUUCCUUUCACAGUGCUGUCCAAAGGCAUGCUUGCAAUUUUUGAAUAGUUGGAGCUUAAGCUUUUGGAGCACUAUCUGUCAGCAGUCACAGUUGUCUUAGAAGUCUUACAUAGUACAGAGAGACCCACAGCAUGCCAGUUCUUUCUAAAAAUACUGCAGAUGUCAGUCCGUAUUUUAGGAAAAAAAAAAAGUUCAUCAACACACUUGACAUUAGUAGUAUUUAUUCCUUCAUUAUCAAGUAAGCAUAGAUUUAUUUUUUUUUCUAGUUAUACAUGCAUCUUUAUCAUGGAAGUUACAUAAUUCAAAAGUCUGCUUUUCCCCAGAAAAAUCUACAAACCUUAUAAAAUACAAAUUUAAUCAUAAUGUAGUAAUGACCCAUUGCUUUUUACAUGGUGUUUAUCAUAUAAUAAACUAAUGAAGCCUGUGAA